UUAGAAAGACACUUGUGAUAAUUAUUAAAGAUUCGCAUAUAAGAGAGACAGUUCAAUUUAUAAUCCAAUUUGGAUUAAUAAAAGUGGAAAAAUGAGUGAAAUACAAAAUGUUAGCUUAGAGAAAUUGGAAGACGCAAUAGAUAGCCCUAUUUCAACUAACCAUGAAAAAAUAAUCAAAUCUUAUGAAGACAACGAAAGUGACGACGUUGAAACACAGAAAAGGGACUGGAGAAAUCAUCUAAUUUACAAUGUUGGUUUUAACAUUUUCCUUCAUCUUGUCAUCGCUGGAUACUUCUCGUAUGUUACUUAUCACUACAUUGAAGUAACAAGGAAGACAUGCAUGGAUGAUUGCACCUUAAGAUUAUGUUCUCCGUAUGGAAUGUUAUUGCUCGUUGUCGGUGCAGUAUAUCUGGGUGUGUUCUAUUUCAAAAUAUUCAAACGAUAUUUCGGAACAAUGAUAUACAGCUCGGUGCUAGAACCGAUUGGUCGUUUGUUCAGACGAAUUUUUAAAGGAUUCCUUCAGAAAACAAUUUUGGUUGCGUUAGUAUUGGCAGUUUUAAUUGGAUAUUCCAUUUUUGAAACACGUGACGAUUUUACACGAUUGCGGGCAUUAGGUGGAAUUGCAGUGUUUAUAGCUAUUGGAUUUUUGAUCUCAGCAAACAAACGACUUAUCGUAUGGCGUCCAGUUGCGUGCGGAUUUUUUUUCCAGUUCCUACUAGGCGUUGUUUUCAUACGAUGGCCAGUCGGACGUGAAAUUUUCGAAUGUUUCGGUGAAAAGGUGGCUGCAUUUUUAGAUUUUGGUAAGGAAGGAGCAGCGUUUGUUUUCGGAGAUUUUCUUGUUCACGAAAUGGGAGUAUUUGCUUUCGCCGUGCUGCCAAUUAUAUUCUUCUUCAGUCUAUGUGUAUCAGUUUCCUAUUAUCUGGGAGCAAUGCAAUGGAUUCUUUUCAAAUUGGGAUGGAUUCUGCAGUCGGUUCUUGGAACAACCAUUUGUGAAAGUGUCAACGCUGCAGGAAAUAUUUUCUUAGGACAAACUGAAAGUCCGUUAGUCAUAAAGCCGUACAUCAAUGUUCUAACGCACUCUGAACUUCAUGCUGUAAUGGUUUCUGGGUUUUCAACCGUGUCCGGUUCUGUGAUGGCUGCCUACAUUUCAUUUGGUGCCCAACCACAGCACCUAAUCACAGCCACAGUUAUGGCUGCGCCAGCGUCUUUGUUUUUCGCAAAAUUGGUUUAUCCAGAACAUGAGGAAUCACUCACAUCAAUGAGCAACAUUAAAUUGGAAAAAUCAACCGACGCAUCAGUAUUAGAUGCUGCUUCGAACGGCGCUAGUCAGGCAAUAGUGUUAGUUUUAAAUAUAAUUGCCAAUUUGGUUGCAUUUGUGGCUGUUGUGGCGUUUGCCGAUUCACUUUUGAAAUGGAUUACCAUUCUUCUCGGCUUUGAAGAUAUAGGAAUACAAUUUGUGUUGGGCAAAGUAUUUAUGCCGGUCAGCUGGUUAAUUGGAGUCGCUUGGGAAGACUGCGAAGCAGUGGGAAAUGUAAUCGGAACUAAAACCGUAGUCAAUGAAUUCGUCGCGUUCCGUGUAUUGGGUCAAUAUAUUGAAAAUAAUGAGAUAUCUAAACGUUCGGCUGCAAUAGCAACAUUUGCAAUAUGCAGUUUUGCUAAUCCAUCUUCGAUUGGCAUUAUGGUCGGAGGAUUGUCGGCAUUGGCACCGGAAAGGAGAACGUCAAUAACGAAAGUUGUUUUGAGAGCUUUUGUGUCUGGUUGUUUCGUGACACUGAUCACAGCAAGUGUUGCUAGUAUUUUAAUGCCAGAUGAUUUGCUAUAAUAAAAGAGAAGUCUCCAUACUGCUACAGUA